CUGAACGUCCUGCCAUCCUUUGGAUUUCUCUUUGACAUUGAUGGUGUCCUGGUCCGAGGGAAGACUCCGAUUUCUGCUGCAAAACCAGCCUUUCGGAAGCUCGUGAAUUCUCAGGGACAGUUCUUGGUGCCUGUGGUGUUUGUCACCAAUGCAGGGAAUUGCCUUCCCCAGAAAAAAGCUGACCAGUUGUCUCAUCUCCUGGGAGUUCCAAUUUCACAAGAUCAGGUGAUGAUGUCACACAGUCCUCUGCGGAUGUUCAAGCGUUACCAUGAAAAAUGUGUCCUGGUGUCUGGGCAAGGACCACUUCUUGAUAUUGCUCAAGACCUUGGUUUCUGUCAGCCCAUCACCAUUGAAACGCUGCGGGAGAAACACCCGUUGCUAGAUGCAGUUGACCAUGACAGAAGACCAAACGUUCUGUACCCUUCUGCUGUGGAGCUUCCCAAGAUUGAGGCUGUUGUGUUGUUCGGGGAGCCAGUCAGAUGGGAAACCAGCCUGCAGCUGAUAAUAGAUGUUUUGCUGACAAGUGGCUAUCCUGGAAAUCCCUAUCACCAUGAAAACUACCCUCACAUUCCUGUCCUGGCUUGUAACAUGGAUCUGAUGUGGGUAGCUGAGGCACAGUCUCCAAGGUUUGGGCAUGGAACAUUCAUGGUUUGUUUGGAAAACAUUUACAAGAAGAUCACUGGCAAAGAGCUGAAAUAUGAGGCCCUGAUGGGCAAACCCAGCAGGCUGACGUAUCAGUACGCGGAGCACCUGAUCCGCGCGCAGGCGGCAGAGAGGCAGUGGAAGCAGCCGAUUCACACCCUCUACGCUGUCGGGGACAAUCUCAUGACAGAUGUCUAUGGUGCUAACCUUUACAACCGCUAUCUCCAAGAGAACUCCAGAAAAGGUUCCAAAUCCCGGAUUCAGGCCAAAGCUGCUGGUGGCAGAGGCUCUGCCACACUCUCUCAGGAUGAUGAAAUAGACCACAGCUGGGAGAAUGAGUUAGCAUCUGCAGCUGCUGCUCACUGUAGGUCUGUUCUCGUUUGUACCGGGGUGUACAACCCCCACACCGAGGUGCCCUUGGAUACCAGGGACAGCAUAACUGAAACAGUGUUCCAUGGCCACAGAGAUUUUAGAUUUGAUUCUGGUUUAGUAGAACCAGAUCAUAUUGUGCCAGAUGUUGAUGCUGCUGUAGACCUGGUCUUCCAGCUGGAGAACUUUGCACCUAAUUAA